AUGGCACGGCAAACAACUCUUGCAGCAGAGUUCAAACGUUGGAAAAUCGAUAAAGCUCAAUACUUUUGGGCCGAAGUGAUGAGGUCGAAAACCACAGUUCUGUCGCUCACCCGUACGGAAACGUCGCUGAUACAAUACGCGGCCCCUCUCGCCAACAACACCAUCAAAGAAUUGUCCAGGAGUACAGCGGAGAAGCGCUCUGGACAUACAGAACAACCCAAUCUCGAGCAGCACAGAUGCUCGUCCGGCUCUAAUGUGCAUUCAGAGGCGAUGUAUAACUCGGAGGACGGUGAGACAGAGGCAGAAGUGGAAGUCGAUUCUGGGAGUGGAAUCAUCGCCAUCGGAGACCAGAGCAAGAGCUCUGCAGCUUGCGAGCUAGACGUCGAUACUGCUGCAGACGAUCUCGACUCGCCACCAGAGAUGCAGAUCGUCGCCCCAUCUCGCGCGAAAGCCACCCCCCUUUUACGACCUUAUUGCUUACGUAUUUCUGAAGGCCAAGAAGAAAUCGGCAACACUACCAUCGCCUUUAUCCUCUGCCCUCUGCAGCCUGUCCGUCAAUUACCAAGAAAUGACGUGCUGGUCUUGCUGUCGGGUAUCAUUAACACGGUUUCACCGAAUGCGCGGCAAUUCAGUUUGUCCAAGGAGAUUAUGAUCGAGUCACGGCUCCCGGAGCUUGACCCUCAGUCGGAGACGCACAAGGCAGUUAAGGGCUUGCUUGCCGAGCUCUUGAAGGCAUUGUAUCCCGACCUCGACAAGGACCGCUAUUGCGAGCCCAACUUCGUUCAGCUCCAGAAGAAAGUAUGGCAGCUCUUGCAAGAUGCAGCAAGUUCAAGGCAUACCCAUGCUGAGAAGGCCAAGUACACCACUCUCCAGAUUGUCCAGCAGGUUCUGUUGUGA